AUGUUUUUGUUAUUUAAGGAAGAAAAUAGUAAGAAGCAUAAGGUGGAUUCCUGGAUAGGAAGCACGGUGGCGCUUAGAAAGGGGUACUUAGGUACUCUCGAGCAGCCGAGUAAAGCGGGCUACUGCGUUCCUGUGCAGAUUCAUGCUGCAGUUUCAUCUGUAGUGUUGCUUUCGCCUUUAGCAGGUACUGCUUGUAAGAAUGGGAUCUUUGAGCAGUGGCCGCAGCAGCACUUCAAGUAUGAGCAGUUCGGGAACCGACCUCAGUUCUUGCAGCAUUGUAUGUUUUCUUCAUUAUUCCAUAUCGUAUCUAUUACUAGUUUUAAAUAG